CACAUGGCGGCGGGCCGAACCGCACCGCAGUGAUGACGUAGGAACGGCGCCCGCAGAGGCCGGGCGGGGCCGCUCCGCGCGCGAAACGGUUUCGACCCGGCCCAGCCAUGGCGGUGCUGCACUACUACCAGCGCCCCGGGGCGGAGAGCGUCCUUGUCUCCCUGCUGCGCUCGGCCCAGGCGGUGCUGGGGGGCGUCUGCGCCCUGCACAGGGAGCUGUGCUACAACGUCAGCUGGACAGGCGCGUCGCCCCCCAGCCCCCAGGAGACCCAGCUGCUGCACUGGCUCUUCGGCUGCCCCUUGGAAUCCGGAGACGUUGCCACGGAGUCCUUCCUGCGCCCAGCGCCCACCGACCUGCUGAUAGAGAUCGGGCCACGGCUGAACUUCUCCACGGCGUUCUCCACCAACGUGGUGUCCGUGUGCCAGGCCGCGGGGCUGGGCUGCAUUGACCGUGUCGAGCGCUCCCACCGCUACCUGCUGCAGUGUGCCCAGCGCCCCACGCCCCCUGAGGAGGAUGCCCUGGUGGCGGUGCUCAGUGACCGGAUGACAGAGCAGAGCUACAAGGAACCAAUCCGCAGUUUCGCUGUGGCCGCCCACCCUGCCCCCACCUGGGAUGUGGAUGUGCUGGCGGGGGGCCGCACUGCGCUGGAGAGAGCCAGCCAGAAGCUGGGCCUGGCCUUCGACUCCUGGGACCUGGAUUUCUACACUGAUCUCUUCAAGAGAUUCGGGCGCAACCCGACCAGCGUGGAGUGCUUCGACCUGGCCCAGUCCAACAGUGAGCACAGCCGACACUGGUUCUUCAAAGGGCGCCUCCUAGUGGACGGGAAGGAGAUCGGGGAGUCGCUGUUCGAGUCCAUCAUGCGGACCCAGGAGAGCAGCAACCCCAACAACGUCAUCAAGUUCUCGGACAACAGCAGUGCCAUCCGGGGCAGGGCCGUGUGUUCCCUGUGGCCCCGCGACCCAUCCCGCCCCAGCCGCUUCGAGAAGAGAACGUCGACCCGGCACGUCAUCUUCACUGCAGAGACCCACAACUUCCCCACGGGGGUGGCCCCAUUCAGCGGCGCCACAACGGGAACAGGCGGGCGGAUCCGGGACGUGCAGUGCACGGGGCGUGGGGCCCACGUCAUCGCCGGCACGGCCGGGUACAGCUUCGGAAACCUGCACAUCCCUGGCUACCCUCUGCCCUGGGAGGACCCGGCAUUGCCCUACCCCCAGAACUACGCCCACCCCCUGCAGGUGGCCAUCAGGGCCAGCGAUGGCGCCUCUGACUACGGCAAUAAGUUUGGGGAACCUGUCCUGGCUGGGUUCGCCCGUUCCUUCGGCCAGUGGCUCCCCAACGGGCAGCGCCGCGAAUGGAUCAAGCCCAUCAUGUUCAGCGGGGGGAUCGGCACCAUGGAGGACAUUCACGUGCUCAAGGAGCCCCCCAAGCCUGGGAUGCUGGUGGUGAAAGUGGGGGGUCCCGUGUACCGGAUCGGAGUCGGGGGGAGCUCAGCCUCCUCCAUCCAGGUGCAGGGGGACAACGCCAGCGAGCUGGAUUUCGGGGCGGUGCAGCGGGGGGACCCCGAGAUGGAGCAGAAGAUGAACCGGGUGCUGCGGGGCUGCGUGGAGAGAGGGAAGGCCAACCCCAUCUGCAGCCUCCACGACCAGGGGGCCGGGGGCAAUGGGAAUGUGCUGAAGGAGCUGAGUGACCCAGCCGGGGCCGUGAUCUACGCCAGCCGCUUCCAGCUGGGGGACCCCACGCUGAGCGUGCUAGAGAUCUGGGGGGCCGAGUACCAGGAGUCCAACGCCCUCCUGCUGCGCCCCACUGACACCGCACUGCUGCAGCGCCUGGGCCAGCGCGAACGCUGCCCCGUGGACGUCGUGGGCACCAUCACCGGGGACGGACGGAUUGUGCUGGUGGACGACCUGGAGGCCCCGGUGACGGACAUGGCGCGGGUGAAGCCCAGUGGGAAGAAGAUGCCGGUCAACCUGCAGCUGGAGGGGGUGCUGGGCAAGAUGCCACAAAAGGAAUUUGUCUUGUCCCGCCACAGCCCAGCCCUCCGCCGCCUGUGCCUGCCCCCUGGGCUGAGUGUGGGGGACGCCCUGGAGCGGGUCCUGCGGCUGCCGGCCGUGGCCAGCAAACGCUACCUGACCAAUAAGGUGGACCGGUCGGUGACGGGGCUGGUGGCCCAGCAGCAGUGCGUGGGGCCCCUGCACACCCCCCUGGCCGACGUGGCCGUGGUGGCUCUGUCCCCCUUCGAGACGGUGGGGGCGGCCACGGCCCUCGGGGAGCAGCCGCUCAAGGGACUGAUCGACCCGGGCGCGGGGGCCCGGCUGGCCGUGGGCGAGGCGCUCACCAACCUGGUCUUCGCCAACGUCACCGAUCUGCGGGAUGUGAAGUGCAGUGGGAACUGGAUGUGGGCGGCCAAGCAGGCGGGCGAGGGCGCGGCGCUGGUGGAUGCCUGUGGGGCCAUGUGCGAAGUCAUGGCCCAGCUGGGGGUGGCCGUGGACGGGGGCAAGGACUCGCUCAGCAUGGCGGCCCGUGUGGGCACGGACAUCGUCAUGGCGCCCGGGACAUUGGUCGUCUCAGCCUACGCCGUGUGUCCGGACAUCAUGGCCACCGUCACACCCGACCUCAAGUGCCCUGAUGGCAAAGGGGCCCUACUGUACGUGGAGCUGUGCCCAGACCGGCACCGGCUGGGGGGCAGUGCCCUGGCGCAGUGCUACUCCCAGCUGGGGGAUCGCUGCCCAGACCUGGAGAACGCGGACACCCUGGCAGCCUGCUUCCGCCUCACCCAGCAACUGCUGCAAGAGUCGGUGGUGAACGCUGGGCAUGAUGUGAGCGAUGGGGGGCUGGUGACCUGCCUGCUGGAGAUGGCCUUCGCCGGGAACUGUGGGCUGCAGGCCGAGCUGGUGGCACCCGGGGCCAGUGGUGAGUGGGGGGCCCUGCCCCGAACCCCAAAACCUGGUGGUAAAUGGUGGACCUCGCCCUGAACCCCCAU